GAGAGAAGAAGACUUUGACAACCGGGGUUGGGUAAAAAUGUUAUCUACGUAAACAAAUUUUGAAUUUUGAUAUAUUUUUGAGAUGGUUUUAAAAAGGACGAAAGGUUACCAAGACAUAGAUGAGAAUAAUGGAUCUCUGCCGUCGACUGCUGGUUCAGAAUUGGAUCCAAGCAGUAUUAUACCACAAGAAAUUGAAAUGGCAUCCGUUUCUGUAGUACCUGAUGAUACCUUUACUGUGACGCAAGCUGUGAAUGCUCUAGGAUUUGGUUGGUUUCAAGUGAAACUAUCUUUGUGGACUGGUCUCUGUUGGAUGGCCGACAGUAUGGAAAUGACAAUUUUAUCUAUACUUUCUCCAGCCCUUCAUUGUGAUUGGCAUAUAUCUAGGUACCAGCAAGCCCUAACUACAACCGUUGUAUUCUUAGGUAUGAUGUUAUCUUCAACAUUUUGGGGUAAUCUAAGCGACAGAUAUGGCAGGAAACAUGCACUUACGUUGUGUGCGAUAUUGUUAUUUUAUUAUGGACUUUUAAGUGCUGUUGCACCUAGCUUUAUGUGGUUAUUGCUACUACGAGGUCUGGUAGGAUUUGCCAUAGGGUGUACUCCUCAAUCUGUUACCUUAUAUGCAGAAUUUUUACCCACAAAACAAAGAGCAAAGUGUGUUGUACUGCUUGAUUGUUUUUGGGCUUUGGGUGCAUGUUUCGAGGUAGCUCUAGCUGUAGUCGUAAUGCCUACCUUAGGUUGGCAUUGGCUGUUAGCUUUGUCUACAGGGCCAUUGCUUGCUUUUGCCCUGAUUUGUCCAUGGUUGCCUGAAUCUGCUCGAUUCCAUGUUGCCAGUGGUCAAACAGAAAAAGCUUUGGAAACUUUGGAAAAGAUUGCCAAAGAUAACGGCAAACCGAUGCUUCUUGGUAGGCUUGUUGUAGAUGAUUCAAUCACUAUGCCGCCACAUAGAGGAAGGUUUCGUGAUCUUCUGGUACCAUCUUUAAGGAUGACCUCUCUUUUGUUAUGGUUCAUAUGGAUGGCUUGUGCGUUUUGCUACUAUGGUCUUGUUUUAAUGACAACUGAGCUGUUUGAAACAUCAUCCAUCGUUUGUUCUGACAAACCGGUUCCAAUUCAGGCCUUAGAUACUUGUGCUGCAGAAUGUAAGCAGCUGCAAACCACAGAUUAUAUGGAUUUGUUGUGGACAACCUUGGCUGAAUUUCCAGGUAUUUUCAUCACUAUUGCAACCAUUGAAAGAUUUGGACGAAAGAAAACAAUGGCAGUUCAGUUUAUAGUAUAUGCUGUUUGUUGCUGUUUCCUUAUGGUUUGCACCGAAAAGAGAGUAUAUCUUACCCUUAUGCUCUUUUUGGCCCGUGGUAUCAUAGCUGGUGUGUUCCAGGCUGCAUAUGUUUAUACUCCCGAAGUGUAUCCAACCUCUCUGAGGGCUGUCGGGGUGGGCGCUUGUAGUGCUAUGGCCCGUUUUGGAGCAAUGGUAACUCCAUAUGUAGCCCAGGUGUUAUUAAAAUCGUCCAUCACAUUUUCAACAACUAUAUAUGCAGUGGCGGCCAUUUUGGCAGCUGUGGGCUGUCUGUUGCUGCCGAUUGAAACAAGUGGUCAGGAACUUACUGACAACGUCCAACAACAAGCCAAGGCAAAUUCGAAUAAACGAUGAGGGAAUUUUCGAACAGGGAAAUCGACAGAAAUACUCACUUUCUUUUUAUUUUCUGGAAAGACUUCGAAAUACUGCCUCAGUAUUAACUGCAGUUACUAAUGCUUUAAACCAAAGUUUCUCAUUAUUUUUAUACACUUUAUUUAUUGUUAUUUAUUAAUUUUGUAGUUGAUAGUUCUCAUAUGUGAUUAAUUUCGAACAAUGUUGGUGCUGGUUAAUUUUUUUUUGAUUAUUUAUAUCUUUAUACAAAAUAAUAAAAAUCAAAUAUAUCUGUGUUAAGGCUACCGAUAA